GCCCUGUUCUGUUGUGUGUCGGGGGGAUGGGGCCGUGCUGAGGAUGAGCGCCUCGCAACAUUUACCUUUCGGAUAACUAACAUCUCUAUUUGUCCAGACACCUUCUCAAAGCUUUGGGCCACGCAUGAGUUUAGUCUGAGCUGGACCGUAACUCGGAGUAACUCUACGUCCACGAAACGGGCUAAAAGUCGACAAAAUGUACCCCACCGCUGGAGCUGCUGAGAUGCUGGAGGGGCCACGGUCCUCUGGGUCUUUGAGCUCUGAGCCCCCCUCCCCUCCUCUACCAGAGUAUGUGUUCAAGCCCCCGCUUCGGCCAGACUUUGGUACCAUGGGCCGGACAAUCAAACUUCAGGCCAACUUCUUUGAGAUGGAGAUCCCCAAAGUGGAGGUAUACCAUUAUGACAUCGACAUAAAGCCUGAGAAAUGCCCCAGGAGGGUGAACCGUGAAAUCGUGGAGCACAUGGUCCAGCACUUUAAGACCCAGAUCUUUGGUGAUCGAAAGCCAGUUUACGAUGGGAGGAAGAAUCUAUACACGGCUAUGCCCCUUCCCAUCGGCAGAGACAAAGUGGAGCUGGAGGUGACCAUUCCUGGAGAAGGUAAAGACCGCAGCUUCAAAGUGUCCAUCAAGUGGAUGUCCUGUGUGAGUCUGCAGGCCCUGCACGAGGCUCUGUCCGGCAGACUGCCCAGUGUCCCCUUUGAGACCAUCCAAGCCCUAGACGUGGUCAUGAGGCACCUGCCCUCCAUGAGGUACACUCCAGUGGGGCGCUCCUUCUUCACACCCUCAGAGAGCUGCUCUAAUCCCCUGGGUGGGGGCAGGGAGGUGUGGUUUGGGUUCCACCAGUCUGUCAGGCCUUCUUUGUGGAAAAUGAUGCUGAAUAUUGAUGUUUCGGCCACAGCUUUCUACAAAGCUCAACCUGUGAUCGAGUUCAUGUGUGAGGUCCUAGAUUUCAAAAGUAUCGAAGAACAACAGAAGCCUCUGACAGACUCUCAGAGAGUCAAGUUUACAAAAGAAAUCAAAGGUUUGAAAGUGGAGAUCACUCACUGUGGGCAGAUGAAGAGGAAGUACAGAGUGUGCAAUGUGACCCGGCGACCAGCCAGCCACCAAACGUUUCCUUUACAGCAGGAGAAUGGUCAAACUAUUGAAUGCACAGUGGCACAGUACUUUAAAGACAAGUACAAGCUGAUCCUGAGGUACCCCCACCUCCCGUGUCUUCAAGUGGGACAGGAGCAGAAGCACACCUACUUACCUCUGGAGGUGUGUAACAUUGUGGCAGGACAACGUUGCAUUAAAAAGUUGACUGACAAUCAAACUUCCACUAUGAUACGCGCUACUGCCCGUUCUGCGCCCGACCGGCAGGACGAGAUCAGUAAACUGAUGAGGAGUGCUAACUUCAACACAGACCCGUACGUCCGUGAGUUUGGAGUGAUGGUGAGGGAUGAAAUGACAGAAGUGAAUGGGCGUGUCCUUCAGGCUCCGUCCAUUCUGUAUGGAGGAAGGAACAAGGCUAUAGCCACUCCCAUCCAGGGAGUGUGGGACAUGAGGAACAAGCAGUUCCACACGGGUAUUGAAAUCAAAGUGUGGGCCAUUGCCUGCUUUGCUCCACAAAGACAGUGCACCGAGCUGCUGCUCAAGGCUUUCACAGACCAACUAAGAAAAAUCUCGAGAGAUGCUGGCAUGCCUAUUCAGGGUCAGCCAUGCUUUUGUAAAUAUGCCCAGGGAGCAGACAGUGUGGAGCCCAUGUUCAGACACCUCAAAUACACCUACCAGGGGCUGCAGCUGGUGGUGGUCAUCCUGCCAGGGAAGACUCCAGUUUAUGCCGAGGUGAAGCGUGUAGGCGACACAGUGCUGGGAAUGGCCACACAGUGUGUCCAGGUGAAGAAUGUUCAGAAGACCACCCCUCAGACCCUCUCCAACCUCUGUCUGAAGAUCAACGUCAAGCUGGGAGGAGUCAACAACAUCCUGCUGCCUCAGGGCAGGCCUUUGGUGUUUCAGCAGCCCGUCAUUUUCCUGGGAGCAGAUGUGACCCACCCCCCUGCAGGAGACGGCAAAAAGCCUUCCAUCGCAGCGGUGGUCGGGAGCAUGGAUGCUCACCCCAGCCGUUACUGCGCCACAGUGCGAGUGCAGCAGCAUCGUCAGGAGAUAAUCCAGGACCUGGCUGCUAUGGUUCGAGAGCUGCUCAUCCAGUUCUACAAGUCCACUCGCUUCAAGCCCACCAGAAUCAUCUUCUACCGCGACGGCAUCUCAGAGGGCCAAUUCAACCAGGUUCUUCAACAUGAGCUGCUGGCCAUCCGCGAGGCCUGCAUCAAACUGGAGAAGGACUACCAGCCUGGGAUCACCUUUGUGGUAGUACAGAAAAGACACCACACCAGGCUGUUCUGCACAGACAGGAAUGAGCGGGUUGGGAAAAGUGGCAACAUCCCCGCAGGCACGACAGUGGACACCAAAAUAACUCACCCAUCUGAGUUUGACUUCUACUUGUGCAGUCAUGCUGGCAUACAGGGCACCAGUCGGCCGUCUCACUACCACGUGUUGUGGGACGACAACCACUUCUCCUCAGACGAGCUGCAGGUGCUCACCUACCAGUUGUGCCACACUUAUGUCCGCUGCACACGCUCCGUGUCUAUACCAGCCCCCGCCUACUACGCACACCUGGUGGCUUUCAGAGCACGCUACCACCUGGUGGACAAAGAGCACGACAGUGCGGAGGGCAGCCACACAUCGGGUCAGAGCAACGGCAGAGACCACCAGGCCCUGGCGAAGGCUGUGCAGAUUCACCAGGACACCCUGCGUACCAUGUACUUUGCCUGAGGCCCUGGGUCUCAUAUCACCUGUGUGAAGAAUGAACAAGAGACCAACAGCAACACAAACCUUUUACUUUCACUUGAACAUGCGUUAGCAUCACUGCUCUGAGGGAAAUGUGUCCAACCUAACAAUCUAUCUUUUAGUGUCAAAAGUAGCUGGGCCUAUUUGGAGCUGAAACUGUUGUUCAGCUACUGUUUGUGUUCCAUUUGAAGCGUCUUGGUGCUCUUACAAUUGGGGAGGGUUCAUUGCCUAAGGUUUGUCUGUGAUGUUACAACUUAAUUUAUCAGCCAAUCAAAGACGAGUGCACUGACUGUCAGGACAAGAGUACUUGUAUAUGCAUUUGGGCACUGUGUGCUGAAGUGCCAUUCCACACCCUUUGUUUGUGUCUAUGUCCCCUCUAACCCUCUGAACCCUAAGGCCACGUGAGCGGCCCCAGUAUUCUCAUGCCAAAUCUGUGAGGGCUCUAGAGCAGGGGCUACAGCUCCUCCUCCUCAUGUAGUCUGAGCCAUGUUCUUAAUCAUGUACAAGUCCACACUCUAGUCUGUCUGUUUGUUACAAUUAUGCAUGUAGCAGACACAUUUUAGGCAUUUAUGACAACACUUGUUUCCUAAUUUAAUUUCUAUGAUGUAACGUUUCUCUUUUUGGGGGUCCUAUCAGCUGUAUAGUUGUUCAACUGUGUCAGUUGUUCAAAUGUGUGUUUGUUGGUGAGGCUAAGUUUGAGUUUUAAGUGAUGAAUAAUUCCCCAGUUGCAGCACACGAGUUUUUGUUUUAUGCAAAUGACUUUUUUGAGUCUUUAUACUCGUAGAUGUAGUACUGUUGGUAAUAAUGUAUAUUUUAAAUAAGCUUUUCAGUAAAGGCUGCUGAAAAAUAUUCUAGAUUUGUACAAAAACCUGGCCCACAAGUAGCCCAAGGCUGCACUCUUAUUUGUCUACACAUUUGAAAUGCAAAUCUUCUCUUGCCUUGAAAGACUUUGACAGUCUUGAGUAAUAAAAUCAGACAUUUCCUAAUAUGACGUUAAAGGUCUGGCUACAUGUACAUGGAUAUUUCUGUAAACUGACAUUCGCUCACAAAACGGGUUUUGUGCCUUUCAAAGCAAAGGUUCACGUUAAUACAGUGCACAGUGACAUGCAGGAGCUGUGUGCACAUAUGAUAGACUCCAUAUCUAAUAUCUGUACUAUGUAACACCACAACAUCAGCAGAGCAUCAGAGGCUCUGACACAUACUGUGUCCUAGCCUCAGUGGUGCCAUGUGGAGUGACAUGAGGAGAGAGAAUGUCUGUGUGUGAAGUCUUCAUGUACAUGUAGUGUCAGUAUGAAUCCUAAGCUAAGCCGGUGAAUGUUGAUGUAGUCUUUGAAUGGAGCUGAAGUCUACAUACUCGAUCUAUGCAUCGUUUGUAACAAAGAGAUUGAACGUGUGUCUGUUUGAUUGCGCCUCAUGUUGGCUCUAGUCUUUCAGGGUUUGUUUUUCCUCCCUUUUUUUUUUUUUUUUUUUAAAUAGCCUCUUGCGUUUUAAUGUCCUGUGCUUUGCAGAUUCCCUGUGGUGUGAAAGAUGAAUGUGGUCAUUUGUAUAGUAGAUUUUUAUGGCUUCAUCUUUUGUAACAGUCUUUCCUAGCCAAACAAGAUUACGCUCUUUGUUAGUAAUAAAACGGAAGCACAAUAAGUCGAUUCUUGGUGCUACAAGUUCUCAGUAGAACUGCCCCGUCACUGAUCUAUACAGCGUUCCCUGUGACUAUGCUUCAUGCUUUUCCUCCCUCAUGUCCGAUUGACUGUGUCCUGGGCAUUCUGAAAACACACUUGAUGUGUACUGCCAUGCUGUGAGUGUGGCUCCCCUUGGUUGAGGUGCUGGUGUGGCAGACUGGAUGCACUUUUAGAGGCAGAGCAUUGUGUUCUGUAGGAGCAGAUGGGCCAGGUGCUGGAGACUGGGGUAAUUGUGUGGAAAUGGCUGUAGGACCUACCUCUUGUUACCUGUUCUAGUGUAAUGGUAACAUCACACUACGGGCCAUUUCGGCAUAAUUAUCCCUCCUGACCAGGCGCCACUGCUCAUCGCGUGUUUAAGAGGAGUUCUGUUUGGAUCUGAAGCCUUGAGCUGUUUGACCAAAUAGUGUUUUUGUCCUUAUCACAGCCCCUUUGAUUCUAUGCACCAGUGAAAAGACCAUGUUUCACCUGCACACUAAAAACAUCUCGUAUGAAUAUUUUGUAUCUAAUAUUUAUCCAUUUUUACUGCAAAUGCUUUUUUGCACAUCUAAUGGAACAGACUGGGGUGUUUUAUCAAGACUCAGCCAUAUAUGACUAAAGGCAGCCAUUAGACUGUAGUUUCAGUACUGAAGUGUGGUUUAAGUGUGGGAAAUGCUUAGAACAUUUAGUUUUAAUGAUUCCCAAGUUUCUGAUAAAAAAAACAAACAUUUGGAUAUACAAGUGAAAAAAACAAGUUUAAUUUUAUUCAUUUUUAAAUUGUAUCUGUUUCUUAUUUAGUUAUUACUACUAUUGCCCCAACUGGAUAAAAAAAAAAUCUAAUUUCUACAAUCAAGUCUGUAAAUAUUCAUUCUGUCUCACAGCCACUUGGCUAAUCUAGAGAACUGAAUUGCAAAACAUUUACUAAUACUUGCUGACAAUAAUUGACACACUAAGUCAAAAAUGGUUAUCAUAUGAUUAUUGUACUUUUUAAAAUAUUUUCUAUAAUUGAGCAGUCCUAUGUCGGAGUCUGAGCUGCCGUCUUCAUGUGCUGCCCCCUGUGUGUUCCAUAAGAUGACCUCCCUCUUUUUAGAAAGGCCCACACUUUGCUUAGGGAACUUUAGCUCUUUAGCCCCGAUUAGUCGUGAAUGUGCAGGUAGAGCGUGUUUGUAAAUACCGCCACUGCGUUGGGCACUUUUCUAUGACAUUUGCCAGCACCUUUUUCCGAGCUGUGGAUCAGACCAUGCAUUUCCUCUUUACAUAAACAUUUGACAAUAUUGCACUAAAGGAGAACAGACUGGGCAGCUGAUGCAAACUGAGUAGGUUGCAUUUAAAAGUGUGUUGAGGAGCUGUUGAGUUAGCCACGGUGGAGUCAGUAGACAUGUUCAGAGUGUGGUGGUCAGCCAGUUCAAUGUGGCAUCAAUUAUUCAAAUAAGAUUUUUAUUUUAAAGGAGACAUAUUUUGCAUUUUUCCCCUUCAGAGUUGUACUUUUAUUCAUUCAUACAUGUUAAGCCCCAUUCACACAUGCAGCCUGACCUGAGAAUGUACCUGCCUUUUGCCAGAAUGGGGUCAUGCGUGAACAAAGUCAGAACUGAUUUCCCUGCAUUUUUGAUCUGGCACCUUCACAGCUAGAUUGAAAUGUGCAGGGAAGGCUUAUGUGUGAAUAAAGCUAGAAAAUUGCCAGUAUCGUUGCUUGGUUUUAUUGGUUACCACGUUGAUGUCUUUGCUUAAGUCAGAGCGCAAAGAUCUAGCAUUGUUCUAUGACUCCCGCGUGUGUGAACGGGGGUCACUGCUGAGCCUUUUGUACCCGGCAAUUUUCUGUGAUCUAUGUGUGAAUGAAACUUUUGAGUAAUUUCAUAUUUGAGGCUUGAGUACUCGUGAACUUUAGAAUUGUGUUCAUUGACUUCCAAUUCAAAACUAAAGAUUUACAGAUAUGUUUGGGGGUUUUUUUUCGCCAAUGUUGAUACCAAUUGUUUAAAAUCCAGAGCAGCUGAUUACAAAAUUUGAGGAAAAUAAUUCUACAAUUCAAAUUUACUACAAACUCAUCCACAGCCAUUUUUGCCACAGACCUAUAAGAAUGUUGUGUAGUUACUUUUGGUGUAGUUAUCUCUUUACUCUUUAAGCAACAAGACAGCCAAAACAAAGUAUCGUAUAAGUAUUAGAAGUUGUUGAUGCAUUUUGUUCGUUGUAAGUGAGAAAGCACAAUAUGUCUUCUUUAAGAGUUUUUGGCUAAUACAUUGAUUCCAUUGCCUUCCUUUGAUAGUCCCAACUUUCUGUCCACAUUCUGAACUGGUGUGUCUUGCCGUGGCUUAUAGGGACUUGGACACCACCAAGUGACUGUGCAUAUGACUUUUAAGUGAACUCACCAGCCUGAACUUUGAGGUGCUCUCUUUCCCCACUUUACCCCUGUUACCUCAGCCCAGACUGGGGAAGGACAGCUCUGACAUAUCAAACCAGGGGCGCGGGCGAUAUCACAAACUAAUUCAAGUUUUAGCACUGUUCAUUGCCUUUUUAUAGAAGCUUUUAAACGCCCACUAUUUAACUCUUCUCGUGGAGCCUCCGUCACUUUCUUGUUUCCGUGGAGAUGUUGUUGGUUUGCCUAGAUUGUUUCAUGUUAUAGGGUUAAGUGUGAUGUCACUUUUGGUUCCUAGAUGAAUCAGCUGAUUGAAAAAAAUGACAUUUACAUGAGACACAUUUCACAUUACAGGAAUUGCAGUUGUUUAAUGCGAACAGGGUUAUAAGGGAUAGAAAAUGUUACAUGGUUGAGGUAAGGGGCCAGGAUAUGAUGGGGUUAUCAGUGAUCGGCAGUUAAUGAGAUAUACACACUGGUAAUCCGAUGUCAUGAUAGAUUAUUACCUUAUUUACAUAUUUGAUACAAUCUAUGGUUAAGCAUACGACUUUUGAAAGAUAAUGGUCUCGAAAUCAGCUGUGAAGUUGCUGGUUGGACUGAAGUUGCUGGAAGUGACAUACCUUAACAAUCCUAUAGCACUAAACCUCUUUAAGACAAGCGGGUCUAAUCUGUGGAGAUGCGUUCCCACUCACAGUAAGAAUACAUGCUUUUCAAUACACGCUCAGGUAUUUUUGAGCAGUAAAAAGAUAAUUAAAUCAUUCUAAGAGAUGUUUGACAAGCAGGUGGCUGACCUUCUGCCCGGAAAAAUUACAUAAUGCACCUUAGACUUGUCACUUCCCUUUGAUUGGUUACAUUUGUUUGUCUCUCACGCUGAACACAACAAAUACUGACCAAUAGAUCGCCUAAAUCACCAUAUAUCUCCAUAUGAACAAAUCGCAUUCAAAUGUUUUGUUUUAUGGCCCGCCCCCUCCCUUUUAGCUAAGUGUAUUUUGAUCAACACAAAUGGACAAAAUAAUGUAAUGCUUUCCGAGCUUUUGUGCGUGUACCGUAGUCUGUCUGUCUGUAGAUACAGCUUGAGUAGAUGCUAUAUUCCUAAGUCUUUUAAACUGAAUGUACUUUGAGCCUAGUGUGGUCUCUGGCAUACAUUUCUAUACCCUGUCCUUAACCUGUACACGUCCCCCGUUUGGAUGGCGUUUGUUAACUAAGGCGUCAAAUCUACAAGCAGUCAUUGUCACCUUUUUUGCAUUUUCAAUCGUUUUAGUCAACUUUCCUUUUCUUAUUUUCUUGGCCAAAGCUGCAACCCAACCCGAAAAUCUGAAAGCAGGUUUAAAAUAUAUAUUUUUUAUUAUGUCUUCAUAAAAAACUUUCUGGGCUUUUGUCUAUCAUAUUUUUAGCCUGCUUUUUAUGUUUACGUAUUCACCAAUUUAUAUCUUUUGCAAGGCCUCAUAACUUUACUAACAUUUGAUGCAUUUAAGUCCAUAUUAUGAUGCUACCUCAGUGCAGUGUCAGGUGCUAUCCAAGCUUAGCCCGGUUAGCUUAGCCCGGUUAGCUUAGCCUGGCUAGCUUAGCCCGGCUAGCUAUGUACUACAAUAUCAACCAAAACAUUACAAUAUAGGCACCUUUUCUGAUUUGUCAAAAAAUACACGAGGCUUUGUUGUAGAUCUGCUCGCUGUGGUUACAUUUUAGGGACCAAAUAUUGAAAUUUUAUAUAUUUGUUUUUAAAUUUAUUUUCCUAGCACAAUCAUUUUGAGGUCAAAGCUAUCUGUGCCAUCAUUUAUCGUCAUUCAGCAAUAAUGUGCAUGUUGUAUUGUAAAGUUUUGGCAUUUUUAUUCACAGAAAAAUAUUUCAGAAUUUGUUUUUGAAUGUAAUCAUGUUUUAAAUUCAUGGCUUUUUGUCAAACUAUCACCACUAUAUUUAAAACGGAUUAAAUGUAAAAAUUGCAUUGAGUUAUGAGUUACAAAAGUUUGUUACAACUGUGGUGGCACGUGGGAAAUUUUGAAUAAUUUGACUAAUUUUUUGUAUUUGAAAAUACAGAAAUUUUGAUUCAAGUCAAAGAGUUCAACCACUUUUACUUGUCAUUUUAAGUUUAUUGUCAAUCAAUUUUUAUUUAAAUUUUAUUCCUACUCAUUACCCGGCCCAAAAAAUAGCCUUAACUUAAUUUUAUACCACCCCCCUAAACCAGUAACUGCAAUAACCUCUGAAACCUUGAAUCAGUUUGGCAGCGCUUUUUGUAUAUUUGUUUUUGCUUGUGACAGUUGACAAAAGGGAAUAGUUGUGUGUCUAUCCCAAACAUUGUACAGUAGGAGGUCCAGAUGUGGCAGAUGUCUGUAGUGGUCCGUGUGCCUUGUGAGUCCCUCAGCUCCCACUCCCCCUGGCUUUGGUUCCCGCCUGGUUUGAUCUGCCACACCAUUGAUAAAAUAAAGCCAGUUUUGUAAGACCAUGCAACCCCGCGUGUAGAUGCUGCAAAGAACGAUCAGUAUUUUUAUUUUGCACUUUCAAAAGCAGACUCAAAUAAUUACUACCCAUUUUGAAUUUGGGUAAGAAAAACUAAAAAAACUGACGAGGUAUUUUAUGCUAUCAAUAGGACUUGUACGGAAUAAUAUGAUUUUUGAAGAGCUUUUCUAAAAGGUGGAUUAUAUCUAUAUAUUCAUGAAGUACCUCAUAAGCCUGAUAUAUGCUGCAUUCACUUGUUUUCUUUUGUAUCCUUCAUAUUGUCCAAUGAAUGAUUUUAUUUUUUUUUCUUCAGUGGAGGGUUUGGGUCAUUCUUGGCUGCGCUGCCAAACUUCAACAUAAUUUGUGGCCAAAAAAGUAUUUAUGCAGUUUUACAAAGCAAACGUUUUUUUUGCACAUGGAGAAUUAAAUUGUUUUGUUUUUUAAUCAUGUGCAUACGCAUAUUUCCAAAAAAUUAUAAGAGGGAAAUUGGGAAUAUGUUUUGCAAAAAAGUGUUUGCAAUUUUGUGAUUAAGCUUACCAUCUUUCAACACACAUUUGGUACCUUGUUAGAUUUGUUUUGUUUGUUUGUUUUUUUUUUUUAAUUUUGGGCCCAUGUAGCUGUCUUUUUUUUUUUUUAUCUAAAACAGCCACACCAGACUGAACUGUUGACUCAGGCGUUGCCACUAAAGGGCUGUAUGAGCCAAAGCCACUGCCCCCUCUGCACCUUUGUCUUAACUCGGCACGAUUUGGCCUUAAACACACUCUUAUGAUUAAAACACUACAAACCACACGUUCUUAGUCUCGAUUCUUAGUUAAGUCUGAUAGCCAUGCGAUCUACCUCCUGAAUGCAGGAGCAGUCCUGUACACCUGCUCAACUGACAAUCAUCUGAAUAUCUACAAUGUUUAAAAAGGUCUCCUAUUGUAUAGUACUUAAAAAAAUAAAUCAUUAAUCAAAGUGUAUUAAGUUGAUUUGCAAUGAAAGCAAUUCAUCUCAGCUCAAAAUUAUACAGCAAAGCUUCAGCACAUUAAUUUUUCAUUACAUUUAUUACCGGUAACACAUCAAUUCAAUGUUUGCAGUUUUUGCCAUUGCGCAAAAUAUCCAUAUAAAAAAAUACACAAUUGCUUGAAAGGUGUCUGAAAUGCAUUUUUUAAAUCUCUGCACUUCAAACAAAUUGCAUAACUUUUGCUAUAGUUUAUGGAUUUCAACUUCCUGUUCUAGUCAACAUUUUAAGACUUUUCACCAUUCAAAAGAUCUUACUCACUGGCCCGUAAAUUUAUUUAUUUUAUUUUUCCCUAAGCCAUUAUGUAAAAAAAAAAGUGACCAAAGUUGACCAAAAGCCCCGCCAGGUGGCCCAAACCCUCCAUGUGAACUGUAGUGGUCUCUCUCUCCUUUUAAAUCCAUAACAUGCCAAAAGUGAUGUGUUCAUUCCUUAUCCGAGGCUUUGUUUUGCUCCUAAUCCGAUGGCUACUCUCCUCCUCUUCCUGUUUGUAAGCGUACAUUUCCUUUUUAUUAUUUUAAAAAUUUUAGUCGACUUUUUCUGCUUACAGAACACGAGAUGCUGUAAACCCCGUUAGAACAUAAUGUGAAUACGUAUCACUUAAUAUAGUUCACUCUUUGGCUUGACUGUAAGUUGCGUUAAUAAAAAUGUUGGAAAAUGCU